CGAGAAAGUUCAAUUUAACUACAAAAGCGAGCUUUCUAUAAAUGGGCCAAUAGCCGUUUUUGACAAGCAACCUGUGAUUCUAUCUCUUAUUAUUCCGCUGUAUCGAAUAAAAGAUAAAUACUAGUACUUAUUUACAACUUUUACCAAUAGAAAUCCAAACAGAAAUAUGCAGAGCUUCAAAUCAGCAAGUAUUUUGAGUCGUUUACUGCAGAAUUCGCGCUUGGUUUCUCACUCCAGAAGCUUUUGCAAUGUCUCUACCAAUGCCCUUGUUGAUGAACGCGAAACCACUGUGUUAGUGGAGGGAAAAGCUUCUUCGAGAACAGCAAUCCUUAACAGACCCCAUGCGUUAAAUGCUCUCAAUUUUUCAGUUGUGGAUAGGUUGCUGAAGCUGUACAAAAAUUGGGAAGAUGAUCCUGAUAUUGGAUUCUUGGUAUUGAAGGGAAGUGGCAAGGCAUUUUCUGCUGGGGGUGACAUUGUCACUAUUUAUAAUUUGUUAAAACAAGGGAAUCUUCAAGAUUGUAAAGAUUUUUGUUGGACAAUAAAUAACUUAGUAUACCUUGUUGGCACACUCUUGAAGCCACAUGUUGCACUUUUGAAUGGAAUUACCAUGGGUGGUGGGGCUGGCAUCUCAAUUCCUGGAACUUUCCGUGUUGCAACUGAGAAAACUGUUUUUGCCACACCAGAAACAUUGAUUGGUUACCAUCCUGAUGCUGGGGCGUCAUUUUACCUUUCACACCUCCCUGGUUAUUUAGGAGAGUACCUGGCCCUAACUGGAGACAAGAUCAAUGGAGCAGAAAUGAUAUCCUGUGGGCUUGCUACUCACUACUUACACAGUGCAAAGAUUCCCUUAAUUGAGGAACAACUUGGUAAAUUGAUGACUGAUGAUCCCUCAGUGAUUGAAAGAUCUCUUGAAAAUUGUGGAGAGAUUGUCCAUCCAGAUCCAACAAGUGUACUUCACAGGAUUGAAACUCUCAAUAAAUGUUUCAGCCAUGACACGGUCGAAGAAAUUAUUGAUGCUUUGGAAAGUGAGGCAGCCAAGAAGCAAGAUGCAUGGUGUGUUUCAACAUUGAGAAAACUACAAGAAACAGCCCCACUGAGCUUGAAGGUUUCACUGAGAUCUAUACGCGAAGGUAGACAUCAGACUUUGGACCAGUGUCUAAUUCGUGAGUAUCGAAUGACAGUACAAGCUUUCUCUGGACAAAUAACUAAUGACUUCUGUGAGGGUGUUCGUGCACGGCUUGUGGAUAGAGAUUUUGCACCUAAGUGGGAUCCUCCAAGCUUGGAUAAAGUAACAGAUGACAUGGUAGAUCAGUAUUUUUCUCGGCUAACAGCAUUUGAGCCUGAACUGGAGCUACCUACACAGCAACGUGAAGCAUUUACAUAAUUUUUGGGUAGGGCAACUUCUCAACUUUGAAGCUACAUAGGAAAAGGGGAAAGAAAAUCUGUGAAUAUCAUUUAUUUUUCUUUACAGAAGAAACAUUGAGCAGUUAAGUCUUGAUAUUGUCGCAUUUGCAAAUCUCUUUUCCAUACAUAUCUGCUAAAGCAAGAAAGAGUAAUAUGGUGCACAAGAAUGACACUUUGGAAAGUCAAAUUGAUGACAAACAUAUCUUUUUAGUAACAAAAAAACAGAACUUUUAGCUGGUA